AUGUUCUCUCUUUUCACCUCUUUCGCAUUAUCACCUUGUCCUUCAUACUUGCUUUUGGCUUCCUACUCGUCAUUUUAUCUGGAGCAUUAUAUCAGAAUUGGUGGCCAUUAUUCGUUGGUAGGUGAUGAUGCCCUUGUCUAUCACACACUUCUGUUUGUUACGAAGGAUUUUCUCACCAGUGAUCCUUUAAUUUACAACUCUACAGUUGCCACUUUUGUCUUAGCACCCUUUCCAAACAUGAUAUUCUCCAAAUGCUCUAGUGGCGAUUAUUACUAUUCGGAUAAUUAUAACGACGGAUUCAAAGAUUUCGGACACUUCUUGACUUCUAUUUUCAUAAUAACUGGCUUAUGUUUACCGCUUGUUCUUGCACAUUCCGAAGUGAUAACGGUUCCUGCCAUGAUCCUAAGUAUCGGCGGUGGCGUAUUGGUCUACUCAACCAUUAUUGCCUACACAAAGUUCUUUGCCAAUGAGGGUGAUGAUUUUUAG